CAAAGAAUUUUUUUUGCCCUUCUCAUCUACUCGCAGAAUAAAUACACAGUAAAGAAAUGCAGGUGUGCGUGGAUGUUAAGGAGUAUGUUUGACUACAAUGCAGCUCCGCGACUAACAGGUCCUCUCUAACUGACUACCGUCACCCGACUUCACCCAGUGCCCUUAUGCUGAGACCCGACGGCACCCAGCUGCUCGGUAUUGACGACUGUCACUCAUCACAAUCCGUCCCCUCGGGAGUGUCAUCGAGUGUUGGUAUCUGUGUCAAGUGAGUCAGUUGUGCCGAGCUCGCUGACAGCGACGGGUAGAAUGGCCGUGUCAGAUGUAUACGGUUUUAAUGAUAAACUCAUUGAAGCGAUCGGCUUACAGAAAAGGAAGCUCCCUGGGAAUGAGGUCCAGGUAGUGAAGCGAGAACGGCUGUACUCCAUAAAACACAAAGAUGCCUACUGCACUAAGGACAGGGCAUUCUUCAGGGAUCUACUCAAAGCUGUCACACCUGAUCCUACCCUGUUCAUGGCUAAGCAGGCUCCUGGUGAUUAUGAUUGGAUGUCCUUCCACAACGAACCUGGUCAAACAUUUUCAGAAUUUCUCCGCAUUCCCAAAAACAUCCCAGCACUUCCAAGGAAGAAAAUCUACUUGUUACCUCUGGUGUUCUUCGAAGAUCCGGUGCCAAAGGAUAUUUUACGACUUCUAAGGACUUAUGCUUCAAUGUUUUUCGGGCUACCUGUGAAGAUUUUGAAACCGAUCAACAUAAAGUCUCAGAUUCCGUACAGGGACAACCACCUGUCUGGCACCGUACAGGUGGAUGCAGGUGUUAUACUGAAGAAACUGGAGCUGCUGCUUCCAGCAGACGCCUUCUGUCUGGCAGGGAUAACAAUGUGUGACAUGUAUCCAAGAGACAGCUGGAACUUCGUGUUUGGUCUGGCCAAUCUCAUCAAGCGCUGUGGAGUUUACUCCCUGGCAAGGUAUUUGUCAACGUUUGGAGACCAGAAAACAACUCAGGUGAAAGUGGACAGGGACAGUUUGAACAAUCUACUGAUGCGCUCCUGUAAGGUCAUGUGUCAUGAGAUCUGUCACAUGUUCGGCAUGAAACACUGCGUCUACUACGAGUGUUUGAUGAAUGGAUCAAACCACUUGAAGGAAGCAGAUGAGCGCCCUCUACAUAUGUGCCCAGCGUGUCUACGUAAACUUCACUUCUCUUGUCAGUUUGACAUUGUGGAGCGCUAUAGAGCGCUCACAGAUUUCGCAGAAAAGCACGAGGUAAACAAGGCUCAUGAUUGGUUCCGGCGGCGUCUCAAACAGCUUGCUCCAUACGACGAAGUCUGAUAUUGUAAAAAUUGUAACUUUAUACAAGACUUAUUUAUUUACAAGGAGAGAUCUGGUCAUUUGGUUAGAAGUUAUCAUGUUUAUCAUGCUCCGAUCAGACAUAUUCCUCACCCGACUAGUCUGAGACUUACUAACAUACAACAAUGACAAGAAGCCACAGAGCAGACUGUUUUAGACAUAACUUUUCACCCACCCUACUCAGAUGCAAACUGGAGAGUUUUCUCAGCAGUUUGUGACUUCCAGAAGUCCCAAAAUCUACAUUAAAGGAAUUCAACGAUACAUGCAACCAAACAAAAAUGACCUGACAGACCCCUUAUAAUUCUGAAUCUUUGGUGUCAGAAAAAUUACAAACCAUGACCUUUGCUGAGCUAUCUUGUCAUUAUUAACAUUUUACACUUAUUUUUACAACUGUUACGUGUACCAUGGAUCAUACACAACUGAUGGGACACACAUUUUGAAGUACUGUAUUUGCUCUAAAAAUUUGCCUCAAAGAGUACAUUUUUUUAAAAUAAAGUUCAUAAAAUAUUAUUUUACUGUUGGUAGCGGUAUUAUAAAAGAAACUUACAUGCUGCAAGAAAAAUAUCAUACUACUUUACAAAGAAGCCUCAAAUCAAUUUCAUAAAAUCAACAAAACUCUGCCAUUCAGGCAAAAUGAGUAACAAGUCAUGGACAAAAUUUUAGGCGAAACACAGUGCAUGUAGAUGCAUUAUUGUUAUUAGUCACUGGCAAUGUUUUAUAUGUUUUCUGGUCGUAAAUUGACGGUGAUUUGAGUGAACAGCUCUUAGCAGCAAAACCAAUGAUUUUAUAUACCCAUUUUUUCGGAUUAGGAAUCGGCUGGAAAAGUAUUAGGGAUCAUUUUUUCCUUGAG